AGGCCGCGCCGCCCCGCCAACCCCCACGCCAUGAACAUCAUCAUGGUGGGCGCCGAGUGCGCUCCCUACUCCAAGACCGGCGGCCUGGGCGACGUGAUGCAGGCGCUGCCCAGGGCGCUGGCGGCGCGGGGCCACCGCGUCAUGGUGGUGGCACCCCGCUACAAGAACUACGAGGAUGCGUGGGAGACGGGGGUGCGCCUGAGAGUGCGCGUCUUCGACUCAAACCAGGAGGUGGGAUACUUCCACUCGUACCAGGAGGGCGUGGACCACGUGUUUGUGGACCAUCCCGCCUUCCACGCCUGGGCAGACAGCAUCUAUGGCGGCUCCCAGCGCGAGGUGCUGUUCCGCUGCGCGCUGCUGAGCAAGGCGGCGCUGGAGGCGCCCUGGCACGUGGCCUGCGCGGGUACCCCCUACGGAGACUCCAACCUGCUGUUCAUUGCCAACGACUGGCACACCGCGCUGCUGCCAGUCUACCUGCAGGCGCACUACCGCGACCACGGCAAGCUCCAGUUUGCUCGCAGCCUGCUGGUGCUGCACAACAUGGCUCACCAGGGGCGGGCGCCGCUGGAGGAGCUGUCCUGGCUGGAGGUGCCGGAGCGCUACGAGGAGCUGUUCAGGCUGCACGACCCGCACCACGGCGAGCACAUGAACAUCCUCAAGGCGGGCGCCAUCACCGCGCACCGCAUCGUGGCGGUGUCCAACAGGUACGCCGAGGAGUGCCAGACGCCCGAGGGCGGCUGGGGGCUGGACGACGUGCUGCGCCGGCAGUCCUGGAAGCUGAAAGGCGUGGUCAAUGGCAUUGACGGCCGGGAGUGGAGCCCUUCUAUCGACCCUCACCUUUCGCCAGCUGAGGGCUAUGCCCGCUAUGACGCCGAGACCUUGGAUGUCGGCAAGACGCGGUGCAAGGCGGCGCUGCAGCAGGAGCUGGGCCUGCCGGUGGAUCUCUCAGUGCCGCUGCUGGGCUUCAUUGGGCGGCUGGAUGAGCAGAAGGGCGUGGACCUCAUUGCUGCCAACUGCGACUGGCUGAUGGAGCAGGGGGCGCAGCUGGUGCUGCUGGGCAGCGGCCGGCCGGACCUGGAGGAGGCACUCAGGAAAAUGGAGGCGCGGCACCCGCAGCAGUGCCGUGCUUGGGUGGGCUUCUCGGUGAAGCUGGCGCACCGCAUCACCGCAGGCGCCGACAUGCUGCUGAUGCCCUCGCGCUUUGAGCCCUGCGGCCUCAACCAGCUGUAUGGCAUGGCCUACGGCACGCCGCCGGUGGUGCAUGCGGUGGGCGGGCUGGCCGACACCGUCAAACCCUUCAAUCCUUUUGAGAACGUCGGCACAGGCUGGACGUUUGAGGGGGCGGAUCCUGGUACUUUCCGCAGCGCGUUACGGUUUGCGCUGCUCACCUACAGCCAGCAUCCCGAGUCCUUCAGGUGCAUGCAGCUACGAGGCAUGGAGCAGGAUCUCAGCUGGGACCAGGCAGCGCAGCAGUACGAGGCGGUGCUGCUGGCGGCAAAGUACCAGUGG